AUUGUCAACAUUGUUUCAGUAUCACAUAUGCAAGAUGACCAUGUCCACGGAACCUCUGGACUUCUCCAACGAACCAGAGAUGGAUGAAGUAGAGGCUGCCCUAUCCAACCUAGAGGUCACACUUGAGGGAGGAAAUACAGACAGAAUCCUGGAAGACAUCACAGACGUUCCAAAGCUGGCAGACUCCCUCAAGCUGUUCAGGCCUAAAAGACUGACGUUGCGUCCGUUUAAGGAGUACUGGUUCGUGUUUAAAGACACCACCAUCUCCUACUACAAGAACAAAGAGACAGCCAGCGGAGAGCCGAUAGAACAGCUGCAUCUCCGAGGAUGUGAGGUGGUCCCUGACGUCAACGUGACGGACAAGAAGUUUGGCAUCAAACUGCUGCUCCCAGUGGCUGAUGGGAUGAACGAGGUCUACAUCCGCUGUGACAACGAGACACAGUAUUCCAAGUGGAAGGCAGCCUGUACCCUGGCCUCCAAGGGCAAGACCAUGGCUUACAGCUCCUACAGGUCGGAGGUGAAGAACAUCCAGUCUUUCCUGCAGAUGAAAAGUCUAGCGCCCCCUCCUGGUCAGGCUGCUCCAGACUUGGAUGCCAUGGAGAUGAACGCUGAGUGCUUUGUCUCCCCCAGAUACACCAAGAAGUACAAGACCAAACAGACAGAGAGAGGAUGUCACCAGAGCUCUCCAGAGAAAGAGUUGAUUAUCUCUGACAUGACUCAAGUGACACCAUAA